GGCGGGCUUAGUUUGCUCUCGCCGCCCGCCCCACCACCAGCAGCCGGAGGGCGCCGCGGCAGCCGAAGCGCGAUCGAUGCCGGGAGCUCGGAGGAGGCGGCGGCGCUGCUGAGCGAAGCGCGGGGGGCGGCCCCGCCCGGAGAUGGGGAUUCUCAGCAUCACGGACCAGCCUCCUCUGGUCCAAGCCAUCUUUAAUCGUGAUAUAGAGGAAGUACGGUCAUUGCUGAGCCAGAAGGAGAAUAUCAAUGUACUGGACCAAGAGAGACGAACCCCUUUGCAUGCAGCUGCAUACUUGGGAGACGCCCCUAUUCUUGAACUCCUAAUACUAUCAGGUGCUAACGUUAAUGCAAAGGACACCCUUUGGCUAACCCCGUUACACCGUGCUGCAGCUUCUCGCAAUGAGAAGGCACUUAACCUCCUCCUAAAGCACUCUGCGGACGUCAACGCUCGCGACAAGUAUUGGCAAACACCACUGCACGUUGCCGCUGCCAACAGAGCCACCAAGUGUGCUGAGGCCAUCAUCGCCCUGCUAAGUAGUGUUAAUGUGGCAGACCGCACCGGCCGGACAGCACUGCACCAUGCUGUACACAGUGGGCACAUUGAGAUGGUUAACCUGCUCUUAAAUAAAGGGGCCAAUCUGAGCACAUGCGACAAGAAGGAGAGACAGCCAAUACAUUGGGCAGCCUUCCUUGGGCAUCUGGAAGUCUUGAAGCUGCUUGUGGCCCGAGGAGCUGACGUUACGUGCAAGGACAAGAAGGGUUACACACUGCUGCACACGGCAGCAGCCAGCGGCCAGAUCGAGGUUGUGAAACACCUGCUGAGGCUUGGAGUAGAGAUUGAUGAACCAAAUUUCUUUGGCAACACUGCACUUCACAUUGCCUGUUACAUGGGCCAGGAUGCUGUGGCCAAUGAGCUGGUCAACUAUGGCGCCAAUGUCAAUCAGCCCAAUGAGAAGGGCUUCACCCCCCUGCACUUUGCUGCCGUCUCCACCAACGGAGCCCUGUGCCUGGAACUUCUCGUCAACAACGGAGCUGACGUGAACUUUCAGAGUAAAGAAGGGAAGAGUCCUUUGCACAUGGCUGCCAUUCACGGACGGUUUACACGCUCUCAAAUUCUCAUACAAAACGGCAGUGAGAUUGACUGCGCUGACAAAUAUGGCAAUACCCCCCUCCAUGUUGCUGCUAGAUACGGCCACGAGCUGCUAAUUAGUACUUUGAUGACGAAUGGUGCUGAUACUGCAAGGCGUGGGAUCCAUGACAUGUUCCCCUUGCACUUAGCUGUUCUCUUUGGAUUCUCAGACUGUUGUCGUAAGCUACUUUCCUCAGGUCAGUUGUACAGCAUCGUCUCUUCACUUAGCAAUGAGCAUGUGCUGUCUGCAGGCUUUGAUAUCAAUACGCCAGAUAACCUCGGGAGGACCUGCCUCCAUGCUGCUGCUUCCGGAGGGAAUGUUGAAUGUCUUAACUUGCUGUUGAGCAGCGGAGCUGACUUGAGGAGGAGAGAUAAGUUUGGAAGGACUCCUUUGCACUAUGCAGCCGCUAAUGGCAGCUAUCAGUGUACAGUGACAUUAGUCACUGCCGGAGCCAGUAUUAACGAAGCUGACUGUAAAGGCUGCACCCCCUUACAUUAUGCUGCUGCUUCGGACACUUACAGGAGAGCUGAGACUCAUUCAGGAAACAGCCAUGACACUGACGAAGAGCCACUGAAGGAGUCACGACUGAAGGAGGCAAUCUUUUGUUUAGAGUUCUUGUUGGAUAAUGGUGCUGACCCCUCUCUCCGGGACAAGCAGGGAUACACCGCUGUCCAUUACGCAGCUGCCUAUGGCAACAGACAGAACCUUGAGUUGCUCCUGGAAAUGUCUUUUAACUGCCUGGACGAUGUGGAAAGCACCAUUCCAGUCAGCCCUUUGCACUUAGCUGCCUAUAAUGGUCACUGUGAAGCCCUGAAGACACUUGCCGAAACCCUGGUGAACCUGGAUGUGCGGGACCACAAAGGGCGGACGGCUUUGUAUCUUGCCACGGAGAGGGGCUCCACGGAGUGCGUGGAGGUGCUCACCAGCCAUGGUGCUUCUGCUCUUGUGAAGGAGAAAAAGAAGAAAUGGACUCCCCUACAUGCUGCAGCUGCCUAUGGGAACACCGAUUCCCUACACCUUCUCAUUGACAGUGGGGAGAGAGUCGACAUCACAGAUGUCAUGGACGUCCAUGGACAAACCCCAUUGAUGUUGGCGAUCAUGAACGGCCAUGUGGAUUGUGUCCACCUCUUACUUGAGAAGGGAUCCACAGUGGAUGCAGCAGACAGGAGAGGCAGGACUGCACUGCACCGUGGGGCUGUGACUGGCUGUGAAGACUGCCUUGCAGCACUGCUGGACCAUGAUGCCUUUGUAUUGUGUCGGGAUUUCAAGGGCCGGACCCCGAUCCAUUUUGCCUCGGUGUGUGGGCAUUCCGAAAUCCUGAGGACCUUGCUGCAGGCAGCGCUCUCUACUGACCCUCUGGACUCUGUGGUGGACUAUAGUGGCUACUCACCAAUGCACUGGGCUUCUUACAGCGGGCAUGAAGAUUGUCUUGAAUUGUUACUUGAACACAAUCCAUUUGCAUACCUAGAAGGAAACCCCUUUACUCCAUUGCACUGUGCGGUAAUUAACAACCAGGAUGGCACUUCUGAGAUGCUUGUGGAAGCAUUGGGUGCCAAGAUUGUUAAUAGCAGAGAUGCCAAAGGAAGGACCCCCCUUCACGCUGCUGCCUUUGCAGACAACAUCCAUGGUUUACAACUGCUUUUGCGCCACCAGGCUGAGGUAGACGUGACUGACCAACUGGGAAGGACCGCUCUUAUGAUGGCUGCUGAGAAUGGCCAGACCGCAGCAGUUGAGUUUCUGCUGUACAGAGCAAAAGCGGAUCUAACUGUGCUGGAUGUCAACAAGAACACAGCUCUUCACCUGGCCUGCAGUAAGGGUCAUGAAAAGUGUGCCUUGUUGAUUCUGGGGGAAACCCAAGACCUUGGCCUUAUCAAUGCAACUAACAGUGCUCUGCAGAUGCCGCUCCACAUUGCAGCCCGGAAUGGACUGGCCUCUGUUGUUCAGGCUCUGCUAAGCAGAGGUGCCACUGUGCUUGCUGUGGAUGAAGAAGGCCAUACCCCAGCCUUGGCUUGCGCCCCCAACAAGGACGUGGCCGACUGCCUGGCACUUAUCCUUUCCACCAUGAAGCCUUUUCCACCAAAAGACGCCAUCAGCCCUUUCAGCUUCAACCUCCUCAAGAACUGCGGCAUUGCUGCCAAGACAGCAGCCUGUAGUGCCCUGCCCAACGGCAACAGCUGUCCCUACACCAAGGAUAGGCACAAUGCCAUCGGCUUAGAUGGCUGUUACUCGGAGUAGCUUAAAAAAACAAAACCAUGAUGGGUGAUCUAAUAUCUUCUAUUUAUUUAGGAAUUCUAUAAAUAUAGGACACUUUAAAGGAGAACAAGACUGGAAUGGGCCUUCCAAAAUGGCCUAGGUACCAAAAAAGAAAGAAAGAGAGGAGAUCUUGGCUUCUGCUUCCUAUCUAGACCUUUGUUUUCUCCACUAGCAUCUCUUGCCGUCAAAGUUAACAAAAAGCAAUGUGGCUCUCAAAACAAAUCCACAGUGGUCCAUUUGCAAUACCUUAAACCCUUCUGUUUGAGUCUAAAUUAGCACAGAAACCUGGCCAAAUGCUGUUGCCCUUCGCUUCUGAGGCCACGGCCUUGGUAAGAUUUGAGGAACGGCCAGCUGUUUAAAUUCCAGUUCCUCUGGCUUGAUGCUUCUGGGAACUUAAGGAAGGGGCAAACCAAAUUAAUUUCCUGCAGGGGGGCUUGCCGAUUAAUGAGCACAUCACACGACUGGAGGGGCCUGAAUUUG